AUGGAAAGGGGCAUGAGGGACUUUGUGGAGUUUUGUAAUAAUAUGGAAUUGGAGGAUCUUCCAAUGUUGGGGAGGAAAUAUACGUGGACGAAUUACCAAGACCAAGCUAUCCUUAGCCGGCUAGAUAGAUUUCUGAUGUCUCAUCAAUGGAUUCAACAGUUUAAAGUUCUCCAAUGGGGUUUAGAAAGACCUAUCUCUGACCAUUGUCUGGUUGUCAUCAUGGAUGAUAACAGGGAUUGGGGCCCUAGGCCUGUCAAAUUUAUGGAUAUCUGGUUAUCACACCCAGACUACAUGAGGUUAGCAAAGGAAUCAUGGGAGAAUACUUUGAUGUUUGGAUGGGCAGGGUUCAAGCUGGUUCAGAAAUUGAAGGCAGUAAAAGAGAGGCUAAAUGUAUGGAAUAAAAAAGAGUUUGGGGACGUAAACUUGGCGCUUCAAGUGAUUGAAGCUGAAUUCCAUCAGUUUGACCUUCUUGCGGAAGAUAGGCAGCUCUCUCCGAUUGAAAAAGCAGCAAAGUGCAAAGCCAAUUCUGAGUUUUGGAGGCUCUCUCGCUUAACGGAGUCGCUAUGGCGACAAAAAUCCAGGAUAAAGUGGUUCAAGGAGGGGGAUAAAAAUACACGAUUUUUCCAGGUUGUGGCAAAUAAUAGAUACAAAAGGGAUGUGGUGGGGUCGAUCAAUGUCUCUGGUAGAGUAGUAGAGGACCCUUCGGAAUUCGAGGAGGGGGAGAUUGUUGUUGCAUUGAAGGAUUGCAGUAAUAUUAAAGCUCCGGGCCCAAAUGGGUUCAAUUUCUCCUUUGUGAAGAAGGGAUGGGACUUUAUGAAGAAUCUGGUCUUGCUGUUCUUCUCGAAGUUUCAUGCCAAUGGAAAGCUAACUAAAGGUAUCAAUUCUACCUUUGUGUCUUUAAUUCCUAAGGUGGAUUGCCCAUUGAUUUUCAAAGAUUUCAGGCCCAUUAGUAUGGUGGGUUGUGUUUACAAACUGAUGUCUAAAGUUUUAGCGAACAGAAUUAAAGCCCACUUACCCCUAGUUAUUGGUGAAUCUCAAGCGGCCUUUAUUGGAGGUAAACAAAUUCUGGAUGGGGUCUUGGUAGCUAAUGAGGUAAUCCAUAGUUGGAAGACAAGAAAUAUAGGAGGCUUAAUUCUGAAAAUUGAUUUUGAAAGGGCCUAUGACUGUGUUAAUUGGGAAUUCUUGCUGGACUUGCUCUCAAAGUUGGGAUUCAGGGUGAACUGGUGUAGAUGGAUUAAGGAGUGUUGUUCCUCGGUAUCCAUGUCUGUUUUGAUCAAUGGGUCAGCAUCCAAAGAAUUUACGACUCAGAAAGGCCUUAGGCAAGGGGACCCGUUAUCCCCUUUUCUUUUCAACAUAGUUGUCGAAGCUCUAAACAUUAUGUUGGAAAGAGCAAGGGCGCGGAAUAUAAUCAAAAGAGUCAAGGUUGGAGCUAAUGGAGUUGUUGUGUCCCACCUUCAAUUUGCUAACGACACUAUUCUUUUCUGUAACAAUGAUAGAGAGGAGUUGGCCAAUAUUAAGAGAAUCCUAAGGUGCUUCCAACUCAUGUCUGGGCUGAAAAUUAACUUCUCUAAGAGUUCGUUGUGUGGUGUCAAUAUCCCUCAGGUGGAUGUAUCAUCCCUCGCUCAGGUUAUGGGGUGUAAAAUUGAAUCUUUGCCAAUCAAAUACCUAGGUCUUCCCCUGGGAGCUAAUUCGAGGAGGACGAAAACAUGGAAGCCAGUGUUAGAAAAGAUGGAGAAAAGACUAAAUGUGUGGACAAGGAGAACCAAUUCCACUGGUGGGAGACUUACUCUUAUCAACUCAUCAUUCUCCAAUUUGCCAACCUAUUUCAUGUCUAUUUUCAAGAUCCCCGUGGCUGUGGUCAAAGUUAUCAAAGGGAAAUAUAAUCUAGUACAGGGGGCUUGUCUACCUAAUCUACCAAGGAAUGGACGUAUUACCAACAUCUGGAGAGAUAUUUGCUCACUAAAGGACCCCUCUUCAAGCAUUGGCUUGGUUCUUAAUGAGGGUUUUCGAAUUCAAGUUCAUUCCGGCACGGAAACGUCCUUCUGGGAACAUGUGUGGCUGAGGGACAGGCCACUCAAGGAGGAAUUCCCUAGACUAUUCCUUAUUUCUAGCCAAAAGGAGAGCUCGGUCAGGUCUGUCAAGGAAGGAUCCGGGAUUAUGCUGUGGAAGUUACAGUAUAGAAAGCGGCGUCUAAAUGUGAUGGAGACUAACUUGUCGGAGGAACUGCAUCGUAGAUUGGCUUUGGUGACACUAGAUCAAACCAAGAGGGAUGUGCUCCAAUGGAAGUGGAUAGAUGAUAAACGCUUCUCAUCACGAUCGGUAUACAGGCAAUGGGAACAGAUGCUUCAGUCUAGGAACCAAGUUUUGGGAUCUCUUUGGAAGAACCUUUGCCCUCCUAAGGUGGAAAUAUUUUCAUGGAUUGCGAUUCAAGACAGGACUCCAACUAGAUCGUUGCUGUCCAAUAGGAAUAUCGUACAAGAGGGCCAAUCGGUAUCCUACCCUCUUUGUUCCUUGCAUGUCGAAACUCCAGAGCAUUUGUUUUUGUACUGCCAAUUUUCUUGGAAUACCUGGUCAUUUAUUAUGGAUUGGUGGCAUAUGUCAUGGGUGUGUCCGAAAUUGAUAUCUGAUCUAGCUUUGUGGUGGUUUGAUAUCGGGUUUAGGAAUCUGGAGAAAAAUGUGUGGGAAGCAACCUUUUAUGCCACUUUGUGGUCUCUAUGGCUGGUUCGGAAUGACUAUGUGUUUAAUAGUGCUACCACGAGUUUUGAGGUGGUGGGAGAUUUGGUUAAAACUAGAGUUGCAAUGUGGAUGAAGACCAAGUUCACGAUCAAGAUUUAUUCAGUGGAGGAGUUCAAGGUGUUUCUUGAUGGCAUUCAUAAGCUCAAGUUGUAA